AUGGCUGCUGCAACUUGGAGCAGGACAAGGCGCAGUCUGCUCGGGCAGCUAUCUCGAGGCAACCGUGCUGCCACAGCUGGUCCCAGCAGCAUUUGUACUAGUCGUAACACUGCUCGCCGAUCAGCUUCUUCAGCAGCAAGUCCGACGGACCUCCUCGACCCGUACACCGCCUCAUCCUCUUCCAUCGUUUCAUCAAGUACCAACCUCGCAGCGCCCAAACGAACCUAUGGACAGCCCUUGCCACACUCGCAUCCACAUUUGUUCCCGAGACGAGGCAUCCUCGGUUCUGAAGAUGCCGUUCUUCGGCCUGGCGACCCUCUCCCCCAGCACGGCUUGUACGAUGAUGGCCUGGGCAUCGUCGCAACAGAGCAACUCACCCCUGGAAUCCCAAAAUCAGAAUACGAGCAGCGAAGGAAAAAUCUGAUGGAAAGGCUACCAGACAAUAGCGUAGUCCUCGCAAUGUCAGGCAGAGUCAAAAGCAUGAGCGCCAACAUCUUUUACAAGUUUCGUCAAGAGUCCAACUUUUGGUAUCUCACCGGUUUUCAAGAACCGGACUCGGCUGUGAUUCUGGAAAAGCAUCCUUCCAGUUCGCGAGGGUACAAGAUGACCAUGUUCGUUCAGAAGCGCGAUCAACAUAAUGAGACAUGGAAUGGACCAAGAACAGGGCUCGAUGGAGCGGUGGACAUUUUCGGUGCUGACGAGGCAUUUGAGCUUGAUCCUGCCAUCUUGCUCAAUCUUCUCAAGCAAGUUUUGCCGAGAUACACACAUAUCUACGUUGAGCCACCAUUCCAAGCUAGCACGCCGCGACGAGGUAGUGCAGGAGCGGCUUGCAAAACGGCAAACAUCUUGAACUACCUCGCUCCUCCUUCCACGACCUCGUUGGAUGUGUUUUCGAAAAAGUCGGAUUUCGAUCAAGUGAUCAAACUGGUCGGCGAUACACGCAAGUCUCAUUCCCUCUCUGGCCAAGUGGAACGCUUACGAUUCAAAAAGUCACUCAACGAAAUCCGCAUAAUGAAGCGAGCGGGCAAAGCUUCAGGCGAAGCCAUGGCGGAAACCAUGGGCUUUGUUCGCCCCGGGGUUUCCGAAGCGCAACUUCAAGCAGUAUUCGAAUACAACUGUGCUUUGCGCGGAUCACAGCGUCCUGCCUACGUCCCCGUCGUAGCAUCUGGUUGCAACGCUUUAACGAUCCACUAUGUCAACAACGACCGUCUCGUGGAGGCCGAUCAACUAGUCUGCAUCGAUGCCGGCGGAGAACUGGACGGCUACGCAUCCGACAUAACCCGUGCCUUCCCUUGCAACUCCAACGGACUCUUCUCUUCCCCUCAAAAAGAUCUCUACUCGGCCAUCCUCGCCGUGCUGAAAUCCUGCACCUCGCUCGCCACAGAAUCGCAAUGCUACACCCUCGCAGACCUGCACCGUCACUCGGUCCACCUGCUCCGCCAAGAACUCAUCCAGAUCGGCUUCCACCUAUCCUCGCGCUCCCUCGAGACUAUCUUGUAUCCGCACUACAUCGGUCACUGGCUCGGCAUAGAUCUGCACGACUGUCCAAGUGUACCGAGGACGAACAAGCUCGAAGAGGGAGUUGCACUCACCAUUGAACCUGGAGUAUAUGUUCCUUUUGACGAUGCCUUUCCGAAGGCCUUUCAGGGGAUGGGUGUUAGGCUUGAGGAUGAUAUUGCACUCGUGGGGAAGCAGGAUAAUUUGGUUUUGAGCAGUGAUGCUCCCAAGGAGGUCGAAGAUGUUGAGGCUGCUUGUCAGAAUCGUUUGCAUCAUAAACACACUAGGAAGGAUAUCGUUGCUUAUCAGCCAGAUCUUCAGUCUUGGUCGUAG